UAAAGACGACGACGACGACUCUUGAAGACCUCUCCGGCGAUUCUCCCGCCGUAACCACCGUGUAUCUCUUAUCGGCGAUUUACCUUCUCCGUUUCGUCUCCGGCGUUCGAGAAUGGGUUGCAUCGGAUCUUCUCAGGCCAAUAAUGAAGGAGGAGUUAAAAGGAAGAAACUCCGGAAACCUAAACCGUGGCCACAUACUGAGCCAAUCACAAGGGCACAACUUACGAAUAUGCGUGAGGAAUUUUGGGACACUUCUCCACAUUAUGGUGGUCAAAGAGAGAUAUGGGAUGCACUUCGAGCUGCUGCUGAAGCUGACUUGAAACUAGCUCAAACUAUUGUUGACAGUGCAGGCGUGAUUGUCCAGAACAGUGAUCUAUCGUUGUGCUGGGAUGAAAGAGGUGCUAGAUAUGAGCUUCCUAGGUAUGUACUAAGUGAGCCCACAAAUCUGAUCCGAGAGGAGGGACAGUGAGCAAAGCUUAGUGUACAGUUACCACAAAAGUAGGUAGAAGAAGAAGUAAGAAGACUAGAAUCGGUCAUAUUCAAUACUUUUAGCAAUUGAUACUACUCUCUGAGUCUCUGUUUAGUUACUGGAAUCUAAAGUGGGAAUCUGUUUAGUUACUGGAAUCUAAAGUGGGAAAUGGUGACACGUGGUAUUAGAGGAACAGAUGUACAGUCAGGAUUUGUGACGUUUUUUUUGGGGGCAAAAUGAUCUAAUGAACCUAUGAUUGACAGUUAACAAAUUCUUAAACGCUGUACUUAUUCUUGACCAGCUUUGA